UCCGUUUCCAAGCGCAACUCAAACAUAGCAACGUUAGACUCGAGACAGCUAGCUAGGUUAGCUAAUUGGGUUUUACUUAAAUACUAAGAAAGUAAAAUCUCGGUUUGUUGCUUUAGUGCCUUACUGUGCCAUAUACAAUUUGCACUCCGACGUCUUGUUUCCCCUUCUACUCUAAACAGAAAUCUUUUUUAAAAAUCUUGCUACGAUGGCUGAUUUUGGGUUCAGUGAGCAUCACCAGAAUGAGGUAAUAAACUACAUGCGCUUUGCUCGCUCCAAAAGGAUUCUGAGACUCAAGACCAUUGAUUCCUGCUUUCAGGACCUGAAAGACAGCAGGCUGGUGGAGGAGACCUUCACCAUGGACGAGGUGGGUGACAUUCUGGAGGGCCUGCGGGUGGUGGUGCGGGGCGAGGUGGAGACGGAGCUCAUCAACACAGCACACACCAAUGUGCUGCUGUUGCGCCAGCUCUUCUCCCAGGCUGAAAAGUUCUACCUGAGGCUGCAGACAGACAUCUCUGAGCUCGAGAACCGAGAGCUAUUGGAACAAGUAGCAGAGUUUGAAAAGACUGAUUUCAAAACCAACAGCAAGAUAAAUCAGGAAUCCAGUAAACCUAAGUUAGCCCCACUGAAUGAGGGAGGAGUGUCUGAACUACUCAACAAGGAGAUCUCCAGACUACAAGAGGAGAAUGAAAAACUGAGAGCUAGGCUCCGGACUUUGGAAAGCCAGGCCAUGAGUGCUCUGGAUGAGAAGUCAAAGGCUGAAAGGGCCCUGAAGGAGCUUCAGAAGAACCAGGGAGAUCAGCAGUCUAUUCUGCGGGCUCAAGAGAUUUCCAGUCUGGAGGAGACGGUAGCAACCAUGCAGGCAGACUUUGAAAAGUCGCUGAGCGCCAACGCUGCCUCCCAGAAGGAGUUGCAGGAGAGCCUGGUGUCAGCAAAGCAUGAGUUGUUGCGUGUUCAGGAGCAGCUCUCGCUCGCUGAGAAGGAGCUGGAAAAGAAGUUUCAGCAAACUGCUGCAUAUCGUAACAUGAAGGAGAUCCUUGGGAAGAAAAAUGAUCAGAUUAAGGAGCUCAGGAAAAGAUUACAGAGAUAUGAGACAGAUGAGUGAAACAUCACGCCUACCCAAUGCAAAGAAGAAUCUUUUAUUGACCCAGAAGAGUUAAGGUUUUUUCCUUAAUGCUAUACACAAGAAGAUGGCAUGGGACAAGAAGGAAAAAGGGGGACUGUUCAUGUAAUAUUUCUGCUACUUUAAAGUUCCUCUUCAGAAAGAACUACCUUUUAGAGUAAGGCUUUACACAUCAUACUUGGACUAAUGUUUUAGAGGUGCUUAACGGUAUUGAUUAGUUGCGUUUGAGUAUCACGUAGUUCUUGCUGCUUGAGAUUCUUAUAUGUGUGCAGCAUACACACACUAAAAACACUAAAACAACACAAUGACAACACCAUCACAUUUACUGUAACAUCACAUGUUUAGUUGGGUGCAGAGGAAAGGGCUCUGCACAAAACUUUACUUUUAUCAGUUGUACAGAGGAAUAUAUUUCUUUAACGGGUGAGGCAUAGCUUUUUAAUCUUAUUAUUACCACCUUGAUCAUCUAGCCAAUGCUCAUAUUUUUUUCUUUUUUGUUUUUCUUUUCAUGUUAUUGGGCUCACUAUCAAUUGCAUUAGGCCCACUAGCAACAGUAGCUUGUCACCAACAGAAGCCUUCCCAGUGGAGAGGUUUCUAGAUAAAGAAUUGUUCCUUUCUGUCUCUAUUUAUUUUUGUUAGUGAGUUAACUGUAGCUGAAUACUUAGUAAAAGCAUCUAAGCUUAUUUUAUUUCAAGUUCUUAGUCAGUCAUGCAGCACUGUGACAAUUUUCCAUAUUUGCUUUCCUCUCUGGGUUUAUUAUUCUGGAUAUGGGUAGGUGAAUACUUUUUUCCAUUCAAUAGUAACCACUGUCCAAUUACAAUGUCCAGUAUAGAAAAAUUAAAAGGUGGAAAGAGACAUUAUAAGAUAUCUUCCUGUAUUGUACACUGGAUGAUGGCAACAGUGUAUUUUCAGAAAACUUACAUUAGGUCUACACAAUAUAUCACUUGUUAAUUAUUGACACAACGUUGGCUUCUGCAAUAUUGUGAUAUUACCACAAUAUUGAAUUCUAGUGAUUUGACAGAAUACUGAAAUUUACAUUUAGAGUAUAAAUUUGAAAGGUUUUCAUUGCUUCCCAGUGAGUCUUAUUUGGGUGAUCUGACAAUGAAAAAAGACAUGAUGUCACAAGUGUAAAUAAUUUUUAUGUGUAAUAUCACACAGGCCAGUUCUUUACCAUGUCAUGUUAGGUGUUCACCAGUGUAAAGUAUAUGAUACACCUAGAGGCGUAGGUUUCAUUUCAGCUUUGAGGGGCAGCACUGCUCAUACCACCCAACCCAAAACAUUCUAUGAGUAGUGUGAGCAGCCCCCCCCCAAAAAAAAAAAUCUACGCCUAUGGAUAUAUCAGCAAUAUUGUCCAGCAGUAAUCUAAGCUUGAUUUAUACUUGACACUGGUGCAAGGGCGCGCGCAUGAGAAAUGACGCAAUUGUGGUGCAUUGGCCCGAUGCAGUGUUGGUCAUGCUCCUCUCAGAUUUUGUAACUUGGUGCUAACUGUGUGCUGUGCUUCAUGCAAAUGAAUGAAUUUGAAGGUAGACUGGCUGAGAAGGCAUGCCUCUACAGGCAUUUUAUGAAUGCUCCUUCAUGGAAGGUGAGUGCUAUGAUUGGAAAAGGAGAGGCAGUUUGUUGUAAGACAAUUUAUGUGCUGAGUGGAAUGAAGACCCCCUCCCAGCCCCCCACUCCUGAACUCCAAAUGUGUCUGUUUGGUUUGCCGGGUUUGCACUUCAAAGAAAGGAAAUUUAGAGAAAUAUGCAGAAACUGCACCAGGUUCCCAGCCAAAAGUAAACUCAGGAAGAAAAAUGUGGAAGAACUGAAACCGCAAUGAAUUGCCCAACACUCGAGCUUUGUAAACUCAGCUCAGAAGUAAACGCUGGCAUCAUUCUGAAUGAGUCAAGUUAGUUUUACCGAUGAAAGAACACACAAAGUGAGAGGAUGUUUUUACAGUCAAGAGGUUUAUUGUCAAAAUUGAUAAAGUGACUGGUAAACUGGAUUAUUAAACAAGCUUUAUUGGCAACAAUGUUGCCUCCUCUGUGAGGGAGUGGAGUUCAGUCCUCUGUCUUCAAAGCUGCAGCACCACAACUCAUGGAAAUUCCACAACAUAUUAGAGCUGGAAAAGCAUGAUGUGCCUUGCAUGGAACUGAACAGUAUGUGGUACACAGAGCAAAUUCAAAAAGUGCUAUACGACUUUGAACAGCACUGUCAAAAUUUUAGCUUGUUUCAACCCAUUGUAACAUUCAUGUGUUUUCCAUUUUGUGGUACGGCUAAAGCAGGUGUGUUACUUCAAAAAUGUCUUUGUUGCUCCAAAUGGACUCCUGUAUUAGAAGAUUAAAUUGUAGCUUUGCAAGCUGACAUUCAGAUUAAGUCAAGGGGUUCUGUUGGACAAUUUUGGGACUUGCUGUCUGAGUUAAAGUAUCCAAACAUCAGAAAAUGUGCCACAUGUUUAAUAGCACUUUUUGAUCAACUUACUUAUAGAAAAAAAAACAUUUUCCACAUGACAAUUAAGUCCAAAUACCUGUCCAACCUUAUUGAUGAUGACUUGGAUGUCUGCUUGAGAUUUGGUAUAAACAGCUAUUGUCUAGACUACACAAACACGACUCAAUUCAAUGCAACUCAUCAAAAAAAGUUUAGCAUAAUCUUUCAGUAGUAAUGCUGACAUCGUAAACUUUAAAAAGUGAUGAGAGUGACUCUCUUUUUUGGUAAAUCACAAUGACUUGUGCACUGGACAAUGCUGAUCUCAAACCAACAAAGCUCAGGCAACCCUGUUGUAAGAGGUGGAAAAACAUGAAGGGUCAGUUUUCCAAAGACAAGAAUGGACAAACACAUUCUCUUUUGUCAUUUUUGUCUGCUUAGCAGCCAUAAACACAACAAUUCUUCCUAUUGAGAAGCUGUUCAGUAAUAUGAGCAGUCAUACCUGGUAUGCAAUGUUUAUCAGGAAUUCGUUAAAAUUUACUACUUUUUCAGGGGUAUGUCUUUGCAUUGCCACCUGUAGUUUUGAGGAAUACUGCAAGUAUGAAGGCACUAGUGUAAAUGCACAUGCUCUUGUCAUAUUUGCACACCAUCCAUACAACCCUGUGUGCAUGUCUUUUGCCAAAGUUUAACUCCGGCUUGAGUGUGUAUGUUUGUGGUGUUGAAGUCUUACCCAUUUACAUCACUACUGCUUUGAUUUCUGGCGAUAGAACAUUCCACUGUAUCAACAGCAGUGUCAUCUAAAAUAAACCCUUGCAGUACGCUGGUUCAUAAAC